CAUGAUGAUAACUAGUUGCAUCAACUUGUGGAAGUUCAUCAUCAAGUUCAGCAUUGCAAUGAAUCUAUUCUAAUAUAUUUAUUACAUUGAGAUUGAUGACUGUUCACCAGUUUGAAAGAGUCUUGGUUUCACCUUUUCUGUCUGUUUAACUUUUCUGGUCUCUUCAACAUUUCAGGAUAACUGUUUAAUAAUGUUUGCUGAUGAACCAUUUUCGGAUAGAUAUGAUGAUACAGUUUAUCUUGUUAAUGUUUAUAACGAAAAUGUCAACUUGAUCAACUCAACUGAUGAGUUAACCAAUUUAACUAAUUGUUUACUUCAAUCGUACCAACCGGAUUUAUUCAAACUUUGUUUCAGUGCCUUUAGUGAUUCAACGCUUUUACCUUCAUUCAUUGCAAGUCUUAAUUUAAAUUACAUCAAAUCAAGUGAUACUUUGCGUCCAUUUGUCCCAUCAUUGGGUUUACAGUUUUUCUGGACAGUUAUAUUCAGUUUAAAUGUUAUCUCUUCCAUAAUUGGUAAUCUAAUUGUUAUCCUAAUAAUUUGUGGAUACAAACAAAUGAGAACCAAAACAAACUUGUUUCUUCUCAAUUUAUCGGUUGCCGAUCUCAUGAUGGCCACUUUCAAUACAAUGUUUAACUUUAUUUUUAUGCUUAAAAGCCAUUGGCCAUUUGGUACAACUUAUUGUAUAAUCAACAAUUUCCUCUCUUCGGUAGCAACAUCAUCUUCAGUCUUCACAAUCACGGUCACUUGCUUUGACAGAUACAUGGCUGUUGUUCAUCCAUUUAAACCUCGAAUGAAUCGUACAACUUCACUCAUUGUUGUCCUGUUAAUCUGGCUUCUGGCCGGAGUCCUUGCAAUACCAACAGUUUUGUACUCAACCACAUACGAAUUAAGCUAUCAAGACGGAUCCAGGGUUCUUUGCUGGUUAAACUGGCCUGAUGGAGUUCAAAACAUGUCUUCAUAUGAUCAUAUUUACAAUGUUGUCUUUUUCGUAGUUACUUAUGCGAUUCCAAUGUUCACCAUGGGCUUGACUUAUACUCGAAUGUCUUUUGUCCUUUGGGGAAGCAAGCAGAUCGGUGAAAUGACCAGUCAUCAGCUUGAAGCGAUACGCUCAAAACAAAAGGUUGUUCCCAUGUUAAUAAUUGUGACAAUUAUCUUUGGACUUUGCUGGUUGCCCUAUCAAAUUUACUUUCUGGUUGUCUUUUACAUUAUCGAGUUGGGUCAGAAGGAGUAUGUUCAACACAUUUACCUUGCCUUUUACUGGUUAGCAAUGUUCAAUUCAUCACUCAAUCCCAUCAUUUACUGUUUACUCAAUAAAAGAUUUAGGAAAUAUUCAAAGAAAAUUAUCAUUACAAUUACUCAUUGUGGAAAAAAUCAUGUGAUUAAUCAUAGAGGAGUUUCAAUUCGAAGUGAAGAUUGCUCAAACAUGGACCAUCAGACGGUCAAUUUGUCAUCCCAUGCAACUCGGCUGGACUAUAAAAGUGACAAUCUUUAGAGUUGAAUAGAUUAUUGUAAUUGUUCAAUAAGAAGCCAAAGUAUUAUUCAAUAUUAUUCAAUUGUAUGCUAAACUCAAUGAAUGGUUAAAAUAUCAAUAAAUUUUGUACAUUUUUUGUUA